AUGACUUAUCAGGGAAAACGCGCAAACAGAGUUAUUAGAUGUCGAGGGAACAAUUGGAAUCUGAUAGUGCCAUCUGUUUUCACCACAGUCGGGCCGGAGCUAAUAGCCCAACGCAAAAUGUUUAAGCCAGCACGAUUCAUCGAAAGAGCUUUGGCAGAGACCGACACGCGAUCAGAAAGACAGCGUUAUCUCCAGCAGAAACUGUCGCCUUCCGUUCGCAACGCAAUCCUCCAAUGUAUAAGUGAGUUGCGCAAGGAUCCACGUAUCCACUUCACUGGCUGCGAACUGGGCAUUCUUCUUCAUAUUUACUAUCACCUAACAAAUUACCAGAUUCGGCCAAUGACGGAUGAAGAACUGCAAGAUUUCCUUGUCACUACACUCUCUCUGACUGGACAGAAUUUGCUUGAAGGCCUCCGUGGAGCCGCGAAGAUUCUCCGUUACGGUCGGCCUUCCCUGAAUUCGGAUGGAAUAACUGCGUAUGAUUUUAUCCUCCUGCUUUCCUGCAUGCUUCGCGGCUCGUUCACGGACCGAGCGACCCUAUCUUUUUACGUCCUCGAUCGGGAUGGUGAUGGUCGACUGCGCACUAACGUGGAGUUCGCGUACUUUCUCAAGGGCUCCUUAUGGAAAGUAGAGGAUGAACCUGACGAAUCUGAAUCUGACUCGGAGUAUACGCAGCAAGCAGUCCAUUACCUGGCCACAAAGGCCUCAAUUAGCGUCGGAGGCAGCAUCGGACUCGCACGUUUUCUCCACCUUUCUUCCAAGCAACCGUGGAUGGUAGAUGCUAUAUUACCCUGUAUACCGAGAGACAUUGACAAUGUUACCUUUCAAAGCCUUUUCACUGGUAAAAUAAAGACUCCAUAUCUGAGCGAAGACAUACGAAAGUCAAACACCCCAAGAAGAAGUGUGUCGUCAGCCUUUUCACAAACGAGACAGUAUAGGAAAUAA